GGAGCGCGGCGGAGCGCGCUGCAGAGGGCCGGGCGCGUGGGGGAGCGGGAGCGCGGGAUUCUCGGCGAGCCGCGCGGCACACGGAGCACGCUGGGUGCCUGAGCUCGGCUGGAGCUCGGAGCCGGCCGCCACCCUCCACCUGUGUGCAGGGCGGCAGCCCCGGCCGCAGCAAUCCGACGCCGGGGGAGAGCGCCCCGCCAUGGAGCCUUCGCACAAAGACGCCGAGACGGCGGCGGCGGCGGCGGCGGUGGCGGCAGACCCCCGGGGGGCGUCCUCAUCCAGCGGGGUGGUGGUUCAGGUCCGCGAGAAGAAGGGCCCCCUACGCGCCGCCAUCCCCUACAUGCCUUUCCCGGUGGCCGUUAUCUGCCUCUUCCUCAACACUUUCGUGCCCGGACUGGGGACGUUCGUCUCAGCCUUCACUGUGCUGUGCGGAGCCCGGACUGACCUGCCAGACAGGCACGUGUGUUGUGUCUUCUGGCUCAACAUUGCGGCGGCUCUCAUCCAGAUCCUGACGGCCAUCGUGAUGGUGGGCUGGAUCAUGAGCAUCUUCUGGGGCAUGGACAUGGUCAUCCUCGCUAUUUCCCAAGGCUACAAGGAGCAGGGCAUCCCACAGCAGCUGUGAGCCCCGCCGGAGCCGCCGGGCAAAGUCCAGAGCAGCACCAGGCGGCCUGGGCACAAGGACCUUUAUAUGUUCUCAUCUGCCGUCUCCCAGGCUUGGCGUAUUUUAAAAAUAUUAUUUAUUUUGAAAAUGCAUCUGCUUUUCUCAGCAGGCUCUGAGGGUGCGUAGGCGCAGGUACUGGGAGCAUGGAGGAGCGGGGUGGAGGAGGGAUGCUGACGGAGAGCCCAUCUGCAGGCUCUGGGCUUCCUGGAGAGCUGCCCGUGUUGCCCAUUGUCCACCUCAAUGUCAUACGGGAGCUGCUGGGCCGGGCUGGGGUGGACAUGAUCUGGGUGUGCAGGGGCUCACCAAGGAGGCAGUACUCUGGUGGGCACUUCCUCUGGCCCCACCUGCUGCCUCUCACCUCGGGUGCCCUGAGUUUUCAUGCUGUCGUCUCCCGUGGGCAGCACCAGGGCAGAGGCAGGGGCAGGGGGGUGGACAGUCUCCAGCCCGGGGGGACAGGCCCACAGUGCCUGCAGCCAGCUGAGGCCUGAGGGAGGGGAUGUCUCCUGGCCCUGCCCCCCCACUGCACCCCCAGCCUCCGUGCCGCUGAAAUCCACGGGGCUGGGUGUGUUUUGACCUUUGUUUUCCUGGGAAGGAGGGCACUGGCACUGUCUGGAGUUGCCAGGGUCCACAUGGGCCACGGACUGGUGUUUUCACAGCAGACUCGAUGCCAUUUCAGGUCCACAGUCCUUUUAUGGAAAUCCUUGGAGCCAGAUGUGUUUCUGAAUUCAAAAAUUUUGGAUUUGAGAAAGGUAAUAGGAUACAUUCCGCAUAUAUGAGAGUCACCACGUGUUACCAACCCUGCUGCAGAGUCUGGUACUGCCCUCUCCCCUCGCCCCAAUCAAGAACAUUGAUAUUUCUGCAGAGAAGCAUGUGCAUAGUCACACUAAAUGGGAUCAAUAAAACCUGUGAAUUGCCUCACCUCAGUUCAGCUCAGAUUUUGCCAUAAAUAAGUUAUGAGGAAAAACUUAACAUUUCACAGUUUUUUGGAUUUCAGAAUUGUAGCAAAAAAAAAAGUGUGUGAGGCUGUGGUCCUCUGUCUAAAACCUGAAAAUCCUACUUGCAAGCAGAUACAUUCAUGGGUGAAAUUAUUCCCCAUACACAAGGACCCUUCCCAUUUGCAAAGGGACCACAGGGUCCCAUUGAAGAGCUGCUCCUUAAGUGAUUUUUAGAGUUCAAGCCCUGCAGGUGGGAGAGAAACCCACAGAAGUUGUCCAAGCUACUGCUGAUUCAAGAGAAUUGAAUUUGAGAGAAAGGAGAGCCAAAGUUAUAAUGAUAAUGGACAUGUCCACGUCAGCUUGUUUUUUUUUUUUUAAUUUUCAUUUUAAUGGGUAGGAAGCUAAAAUGUGGGACUGGCCCAGAGCCCAGGACCUGACCCCACUGGAAACUGGACCACUGGGUAUGUCCCUCUCUGAGGGACUCGUCUUGUCUCUCGGGGACUCGGUCAGAAUUCAGCCAGGGCUGGAGAAGUGACUGGUUCUCCCCACUGCCUGCAUUGCUUGGUGUGAGCACUCGGUGAGCAGUGACCUCUCCCCAGCCCGGGCUUUGAGCUGACAGGCCCCCUCACUCCACCAGGAGCAGCCUCAGAGGCCACCGCUUGCCUAGCCCCUGCCUGGGACAGAGGCCCACUGCACUGGGGACCGAGCUCCACCACCCGUCCACCGGGCUUUCUAAUAACAGACCCGCCAGAGAAGUGGGCCUGGGCUCCCUGAGGACUGGACUGCUCCCUGCCAUCUGCUGAGAAACAUAACCCUCUGUCCACUCACCCACUGUGGGCCCUGCCGUGGGGCAGGUUUUCUGCUCCUGGCCGGAUCCUGCCCUGCCAUCCCCUUAGUUCUGAUGAGCAUCUUGUCCUUCCAUCGCUGCCUGGGGCUGGGCUGCACCUCUGAAUACCCUAGGGUGUCUUUUUCUCUUCUCAUCCUCCUUUCAUCCUGACCCCAGGCCUUUACUUCUCUUUCCUAGUAUUUAACCACCUAUUGGAAUGCCCUGUAUUUUCAAAUGGUGGGACUAGAUUCGGUUUAUCCAGAAAGCCAUUUGAUGUGUGCAGAUGGCAUCCUGGAGGCCAAGGCGAGUCAGGCAGCAGGCUGGCAGCUCUUCAGGAGGCUGCGCCAAAGAAGGGAGCCUCCCCUGUAAUCAGAUAAAACAGCUUCAACCCAGGAGAUGGCGGGUCCCCGGCAGGCAGGGCAGCAGCCCACAGCCCUUCUCCCCCAAACAGCUCUCCAGAGUGUCCUGGCUCCACUGGGGCAGUGACAGGUCUCGGGUGGAGGCUGUCCCCACAAGUGCGAGAGGAGAAUCUUCUUCUUCCUGACUUUGGGCUGGGGGUGGUUGCUGAGGGGGUAGAGAAGAGAUAUGUUUAGUGACACAACCCAGACACAGGUGGGAUUCUCUUGAGUGACAGGUGUCAUCACGAGUUCCAGUGUGGGAUGGAUUAAUACAGGGGUUUGUGUGCUUGGAAGGACAUCUUCCCCUCCGCAGCCCCCGCCCCCCUCCCAGGCCACCCUCCUCUCAUCCCGGAGAUGCUUCUGCAAACUUGAGAACACAUCAGCCUCAGGUAAUCGAUGUGUGGGAGAAACCAAGAGGACCAUGCCUGAAUCCUAAACCAUGAGCCUGUGAGGGUUCCCAUGAGGACAGGAUGAGCUCAAAACAGCAUUCCUCAUAAUGAGACCAUGGUCUCAAAAUUAUCUUCAUUAGACACUGGACAAUGGCUGGUUUGCUCCAAGAGGAGUCUGACGUGGCUGCUCAGAAAGAUAGAUGGCCAGAGUUAAUUUAUUAAACCAGCCAGCUAAAAACUCAGAUCCUCGUGCCAGCACGUGCUUGGUUGGCAUGCAGCCCCUGUGUGACAAGGGUGUUGGCCCAGAAGUCACAGGGCACAUUUCAAGUUCGAGCCUUUUAUCCGUGGGGACCAUGCAGGACAUUCCUUGGUCAUGGGUGUUUGCAGCAGGACCCACAUGCAUGCAGAGAACUUCACAGUGAAUGAGAACUCCCAGGACCCUAGCUGGGACACUGUGAUGAGACAGUGGCAAUUUUAUUUAGCCAGAGCAGGAUCCUGGAGAAAGAGUGGGCCGCCUGGUGCCUGGGGGUCUGCUGACCUAGAUCUUUAUUUGGCCAAGUCGGUUUUAGAGCUGAGGACUUCAGGCCAAGAAGGCCAGGGCCCAGGCUCUGUGGACACAGCAGGAGACAGAGGUGGCUCCCUGGCUCCUGUCCAGCCUCCUCCUACCUGCUGUGGUGCUGGGGGCUGCGGGGACAGAGCUAGGCUGCAGUGGCCCUCACCAGUGUCCAGCCAGGGUCCCCUACCCAGCCCCAGCCCGACAAGCUGCAGGCCUUGCCCUGGAAGCCAGUCUCUGGCUGCCCUUGAGGGGAGGUAAGAGGGGAACCUGCGAGCAAGGUGAGCAGCCCCAACGACAGGACCAGCCACCACGUUUUGGGCACGUACCCAGGCAUGGCUAGUGCCAUUCCAUCUCCCAUCACCCUCACCCACAGCUUGGUGGGGGAGAGAUAUCAGCAUGCUGAGCUUCAGGUGUCAGAACCCAGGCUCCGAGACAGUGAGGCACACGUCCCCAGAUAUACAGCACCUAAGGGGCAGAGCUGGGGACUGACCCACGAGUGUGACUCCACAGCCUAGGGGAAGCACUUACGCCGGCCCCACACGGGAAGAAAGGAAGGCAAGAGGAGCCCACAGAGAGGAUCCUGGGGAGGGGUCCUUGUCCACUCUGAAGUAAUAGGGUGAAACGAAAAACCUCAGAAAGAAUCAGAAGGCUGCUGCAUCUCUUCGCCCCUCCACUGCCCUCCCCCCUUGUCCCCUGCCCUACAACACACCCUGUGCUCACCAUUCUAGGUGGCCCUGGAAUCCAUACUCCCUCCUUUAAGACUGGAAGAUGGCAGAGAAUGGCUUCUAGAGACAGAGCCGGUAUGGGGAGCUGCCUGUCCCAACCCACAAGCCCACGUCAGCUCCCCCACCCGCCCCCUCCUCCAGGCAGUCUUCUGCAAGUUGUCUCAGAGGUGCCCGUAUAAAUCCAGGCUCCAAAUGGAGCAGGGGUGACACAGGCUUAAAGGAAAAACAGAAGGGGAAAAAUAGCCACAGGGUUAACAGUUCCCCUGGAGAGAACGGGCUCCCAGCUCUCAAAAAGAAAACCACACACAUACUUACCCCAAACCCCAGGCUGUGAAGUCAGCAAAAGGCAGGUUUGUGGCCCAUAGUCGGGCAGUGGCACCUCUGAACCCAACUGGCUCUUCAAAACAUGUAAAAAUCUGAGAACCUUUGGCCCUAGAAAACCAAACCAAAAGCUCCUUCCACCUUCUUCCCGCCCACCUGGGGUGGGUUUGAGAGGGGUCCCUUCAGUUUUGUCCUCCUGCUCCCUGACAGCGGGAUCCCAGCUCCCCCUGGGCCUCUGGGCUGAAACCAGGGCCCCAUUUUAUCUUCCGACCCACCUCAGGCUUUAAUUACACUGGCUGCUUUUAUCCUGUUAGUGAUGUUGGCAAAGAAAGACUCUUGCAUUGUUUAAACUGCUUGGGGAUGUGUAAUUUAAAUGUAAAUGCUGGAGUUGGAGGUUGCAGGCAUUGUUUACUGUUACUAUUGUUCCCUCUUGCUGGGUUGGUUUGGGAAUGGGAAACAGAAGCACCCCCCCCCAGCCAGCUGGGCCCUCCCCAGAGACGGUGGCCUUGUAGGUGGUUUGGGGGUUUCGGGCUUUGAAGCAGUUACUGACUCCUGGGGACCGUACCUGGGCCCCAGGCUGAACAGAGAAACGGUCUCCCCUCAUCUCAAUGGUCCCACUUUGUAGGGUUUAGUGGGGAACUAAGUGUGGCAGUCCUGAGGGAGGCCCUGGAGGAAGGGGUGCAGGUGCGGCUUUCCUGGAGAGCACCGUGGUGCCCCCACGCCCCUGCUUUCCCAGCCUCCCCAGGGGACACAGCGGGGCCACGUGGGCAGGGACGGAACGAGGAGACAUGGUCUCCAAGGACUGGGGCUGGGCCUCCUCCCCCAGAGAGCCCGGGCGCAUCCUGCAGUUGCCCAGGCAGCCACGUAGGCCAGGGGAGAGGCUGAGCACGGUCCGAGUGGGGGGGGGGGGGCGCACCUAAAAUUUUCAUUAAUUUUCUUCCCAUUUGAUUCUUUGGGCUUCCAAAUGUUCACAGCAGGGUGGAUGUGCUCACACACUCAACACUUAUGGAUCCGCCCUAAAUCCUACUGGGCCAUUGAAAAGUCACAGAGGUCACUUUGUAGGAUGAACCCUUGUGGCGAAAGAUGGGGGUGGGGAUCCCCCAACUCCUCCCCCCAACAGGAAGCGCUGAGGGGAGGCUGAGUGCCAGCUGUCGAAGGCCUGUGUCUCUCCCCUGCCUCGUGCCUCUGUUGAACUGUGUGUAGGUUGGAAACAAGGAGAGGUGCUGGGCGGCCAUCACUUUUUCCACCUCUGUUAGUGCAAAGGGCUUAGGGGCAGAGCCCCAUCCGGGCAAGGGAGAGGGAGAAGCUGUUCUCUCCUGCGUGAGGAUCGAAGAGGCUGGCAAACCCCGGAGCCAGGCCUCUUCCUAUAGUAACCGGAAACAUCGGCCUCCGCAGCUCCACUCUCCCCUCCUGAACCUGUCACAGUGGGCAGGGAGGUUACAGCAGAGUCCCACUCAUAUGCGUCCUGACUUUGCGAUGCGAUUUGUCUCUCAAUUUGUAUUUAGCUAUGGAACCUCAGUCCCCAGUUCAUCUUCCUCCCUGCCUGCAUUUGCCAAAAUGCCAACUACUCAGCCUAGUCCAGACCUACAGUCCACAUUUCCUCCCCCAAGUGCCCCUUCCAGCUGCCCCCUCCUCUCCAGGCCACACAUGCACACACCAGCCCUUUGACUUCGGUGAACAUAGGGCAGGGUCUUUCUGGAGACCCAGGAUUGGGAUAUAACAUCUCCAAAGGAGCCCACACCCCACUUCCAUGAGCUGAGUCUCCUUCCAACGUGAACUCUUGCUGGCAGCAUUUUUUGCCCUCACCCCCCCCCCACCCCCCACCUCGGCCCCAGAUGCAAACUCUGUUUCCACCUUCUCCGGGGCCCUGGUUGUGAAUCUCUCCCUCCAUGGGCUCUGCACCCCACCACCACAGCACAGCUCUUCUCACCCCGCAGCCCCACCACAGCUUGUACACGCUCCUCAGGGCCGUCUGUGGGGCAGGCAUGGUGGACCUGCCCGGAGAACGGGGCCACCUGUCUCUCUUCUAGGGCUGAAAACAAGUCUCUCUUCUGAGGCCCCUUUCUGUUCCUACAACCUACCCACCUGCCCCAGAUCAGGAGCCAGUGAGAAUAAGGGGGAGGGAGCUCACCUUUGCCUCAUAUUCUGGUUAGAACUUGAUAGGAUGUUUCAAGCAGGGAGAAAGGAUUUGGCUGUAACAGGCUCAUCAGGGCAUCCUCACCCAGGAAGGCCUGGGACCCGUGGGAACUCUGGGCUGGCUUUUCUCAUGGGCUAACUUCCAGGCUGUUGUACAUGGUGCCAUGUUUGUUUUGUUUUGUUCUUACAUCAUACAUAAAAACAACACACUGGUUCUGUGUGAAUCAGCUGAAUUUAUAUAUGUAUGAGUCUCGUGUUUGAUACCGUGACUGGCUUUGUUUGGGUCUCUCUUCUUUCUGUUAAAUUGGUUGCUGUACAUUCCCGUUGUUCUCAGACAAGACUCAGUCCCCAAUCUUCCAGAGUUUUCUUGUCUACACUUCUGCCUAGAGCCACUGGAAAUCCCUCAAAUAUAUCUCCCACUCCAUCCCCAUUGGCUUCCCCAGGGAUCCAGUCCAGCUGUGGGGUUAUCUCUGGCCUAUUCCAAUGAUUGGAGCCUGCCUUGGUUCCAAGAGAGGAAGAAAAUUCCAGUGUCGGGGGCUUAGGGAAGCUUCCAGACUUGCUCUGGCCCAAUCCUCGCGGUCUGGGGCACCAGCGGCUGGCAGCUUAGCUUUCCCCUGCACCCUCAGGACAAUGUCCUGGUAGCGUCCCGCCUGCCGCUGCUCAGGGGUCUCCACAGCAUCCCUAGGCACGGGGCCGGGUUCCAACUCCCCUAGCCUUCCGCCAGCUUCAAAAUUCCUAGCUCGAGCAGCGUUACUGUACAUGCAAUGAAAAAUACCACAUAGGACAACAAACACCUGUCUAUAUAUCUCCAUGUACAUAUUUAUAUAUACACACAUGCAUACUAUUAUAAAUAUGUAAAGCAUGGCAUCUCUUUGGCAUUCCAAGUUUGUGUUUUUUAAAAAUCCUGGAAAUAUGGCUUUGGAAACCUUUUCUUCCUCUCCCUCUUUUCUAUGUAAUAAACAUUCAUGUGACCUUU